CAUAAACUUACGUCAUAUAAAUUGUCGCAAAAUCUGAUUGUCUACUUUACGUUAACAACAAUCUCCAAGAACUUCCAGACGUCGGCUGCUGUUGCUAGUGAAAUGUCUGAGACAAAAUAAUUAUUUAUUUAUUCAGUUCAUGGCAGAUACAGGACAGCGUGAACCUUUUUCAAAGUCUGAAGUGUCUGAGGAGACCACUCCCACAGAUCAUUCCAACGCAGCGACUGAAAUGCCAGUAACUGAAGACACACCCAUUAUGGAAGGUGCAGCCAUGCCCCCUAAGGCAGACACGCCUCCACUGAUGAACACGAAGGCAGAUGGUGAUGUGCAGGAUCAUGAUGCAUCCAAACCUGAGCUGCCUGCUAAUAAUGAUAUGGAAGCAGAGGGAGGUGCAACUGAUAGUGUUGAGAAAGAGCUUGCUGAUAAUGACUUGAAGGCAGUGGGCGGGGCUGACGAUAGUGCUGAGAAUGAGCCUGCUGAUAAUGACCUGCAGGCAGCGGCCGGUGCUGACAAUAGUGCUGAGAACAAGCCUGCUGAUAAUGACCUGCAGGCAGAAGGCGUGGCUGAAGAUAUUGCUGAGAAUGAGAUAAUUACUGACCCAACAACUCAGAAUAGUGACUACACAGACAUAUUAGGCAAUGGAACCCUUUUAAAAAAGGUGAUCCACAAAGGCACAGGCUCCCGUGCUCAGAUGCGUGAGAAGGUCACAGUCACCUUGUUAUCCUCAAUCCCAGUCAUGGGCAUCACGCUGCCAGAACAACGACUGACAUUUGUCGUUGGUGAGGCAGAUGUGGUUCCAGCAUUGGACAUGGCUGUUACCCUGAUGGAAGUGGGUGAAGUGGCAGAAAUUGUCUCUGGUUUUGAUUACAUGUAUGGAGAGAUUGGCCUGCCUCCUGACAUUCCACCAAAAGCCAACUUCAAACUGGAGGUCACACUGCACUCCAGUGUUCCAUUUGACUACGGCACCCUGGAUUUUGAUCAAAAAUUUGAGGAGGCGAAAAAGAAAAAAGAGAGGGGGAAUUAUUUCUUCAAAAGACAAGAGUUUGAGCUUGGUAUACGCUUGUACACUCAGGCCUUAAAGAUCAUAGACCCCUCUGCCACCAAGUUGUGUGAAGUGAGUGCUGACCAGCUACAACAGGUGCUUGAGUUCAGAUCAGUUGUACAUUGCAACGUCUCUGCUUCCCUCUUCAAGUUGUCAGUAUUUGAAGGUGCCCGCAAAUCUGCACAGGAGUCUGUCCAAAUACAGCCAUCACACGCUAAGGCAUAUAUUCGCCUUGGACAGGCUGAAGAGAAGCUUGGAAAUCCUGAAGAAGCUAUUAAAGCAUAUAAGAAAGCAUUAAGUUUCGAUGCUACAAAUCGGACGAUGGUGUGUCUCAUUAAGCCAUAUGCUUUCAAUGCAGUUGAGCUAAAAUAA